AUGGCUCCCAGCGUCGCGUUCCAUGGCUCCCAGGCAAUCGCCGCCCAUGGCAGGGCGAGGCGCUGGGCGCAUGCCCUGAGCUUGCUGGCUGGACUGGACAGGCGUGGCGGCAGGCCGAACGUGGUCGCAUGGGGUGCCGCAGUUGGGGCUUGCGCGUGGACCGGCGCCUGGCCCGCCGCCCUCGCCCUGCUGGCCGAGCUGGGCCGGCGGGGCGGGGAGCUGAACGCCAUCGUGUACGGAGGAUCCCGCCCCUCGCCGGCGGGGAAGCGGCUCCCUCGGCGGGGCGGCCUCAGGAGAUGCUGCGGCGCGAGUGCCUGCCCGACGCAAAGGUCUGCGGGGCCGUGCUCGCGGCCUGCGAGGGGGCCUUCCAUUGGCAGCGCGCGCUGGAGUUCUGGAAGGACGCUUGCAUGUGGACGCCGAGACCGGACACCGUCAUGUACAGCAGCCUCGUGA